UUCAUCAGACGCAAUUUAUUUUGGUCGAUUCUGACGUCAAGAGAAUACACGUUUCAUUCAGCAAGCGAGAAAGUAAGUUAUUUAUAACCCGCAACAUCUCCAGGUUGUGAUCCAUGAGUGCGCAGUGAAAGAAAUACUCCCCAUUGGACUGAUGUAGUGUGCCUCCAUAACAAAAGCCACACAGCUCAUGUGCUAUGGUGCCAGAGAGGUACGGCACACUGUAACACAAACUGGGACGAGUCGAUGGGAACAGCCAAGGCUGAAAAAUAAAUAGACACACUGCGAAGACCUGCAAACUUUCUGUUUUGAUAUUAUUUCUCACGAUAUCUUCCGUCUUAGAUGACAAAGCACUGGAUACUGAAGAUGGCAAAUCUCUUCUCUGACCAGGGCUGUGGGCUGUAAGUUCAUUCCUGAGAAGAUCUGUGACUGGCUGGGAAAUGGCAAAUAUUCUGGAGCUGCGGACAGAUGGAAACUCACUCCUGAAGGCAGUGUGGCUCAAACGCUUGAGGCUCACCAGGCUCCUGUUGGAAGGGGGCGCAUACAUCAACGAGAGCAAUGAACGCGGGGAGACGCCGCUCAUGGUGGCCUGCAUGUCCACGCACACUGACCAGCAGAGCGUUAGCAAGGCGAAGCUUGUCAAGUAUUUGCUGGACAACCAGGCAGACCCCAACAUACAGGACAAAGGAGGCCGGACGGCUCUAAUGCACGCCUGCAUCCACAAGGCUGGGCAUGAAGUGGUGGACCACCUGCUGAGCAACGGCGCUGAUCCCAGUCUGGAGGACAGGAGUGGGGCCUCAGCUCUGGUCUACGCCAUCAACGCAGACGAUAAGGAGACACUGAAACUGCUCUUGGAUGCGUGUAAAGCUAAAGGCAAGGAGGUGAUCAUAAUCACCACAGACAAGUCACCAUGUGGCACUAAAACCACCAAACAGUAUCUAAAUGUCCCCCCAUCACCAGAGCUGGUUGAGAGGUCUUCCCCAGCAUACUGCACCUCUCCAUCUGACAUUGAGGUCACUUCAGCUCCCAUUCCCGAGCAAGAACAACAAAACACAGUGUUCAGUUUCCACACGAAGCUAAAAACCUCAAGUGCAGCUGCAAAGCUCGUCAACGGCCCCACCUCCCCAACGCGCCGACCCACAAACCCCAAACGUGCACGUCUGCCUCAGCUAAAGCGGCUGCAAUCAGAACCUUGGGGGCUGAUUGCGCCCUCUGUCCUGGCAGCAGCUGCCGCCCAUGAGGAGAGCAAGAAAGCCAGCUCUGACGAAGAUGUCGUGGCAGGCGUAAAUGGACUAUCUCUGAGUAAGAGGUCAUCUUUGUCCCGCCAGAACAGCGUGGAUGGGAAGGAGAGCUUGUUUCCACUGGUAGAUGAACAGCCCUACAAAAUGACAACCUCAUUAUCAGUUCCUCCAACAUCUAAACCAUCGUAUGAGCGAUGUCUAGGCCAGCACCAGCCGCUGGCACGGCGCAGCACUGUGCCCACGGAGCAGGAGAGCAGCAGUUGCAGCAGUGGACUCGCCAGCCUGAGAGACACAGUUCAUAGGAGACGUCUGGGGAACGAUCACUAUGACUCAGACUCGCAGCUCUAUUCAGACUCGGCCAUGUUAGACUCUCCCAAGGUUCCAGUGGAGCGAAGGAAACUAAACACUUCUCCACUUGCACUGCUGACCAGCUCCAGAGAAUCUCUGGACAGCAAUGCAUCCUCUCCUAGCACGGCACGCAGGCGUGCACCAGCAGGCUUCCUGGAGAGGAGGGGCUCGGGCACACUGCUGCUGGACCACAUAUCCCACACCAGGCCUGGCCACCUGCCCCCUCUCAAUAUCAACCCAAACCCUCCCAUUCCUGAUAUCGGGGCGAGCAACAAGCCCUCCUCACCGCUAGCCACAGGUAUUAGAUCCAUAGCUCCAGUAGCGCCGAACACACCAAAGAGAGGUGUCCUCAAAUCGAAGAAGAAGCUUGUGAGAAGGCACUCUAUGCAAGUGGAGCAGAUGAAACAGCUUUCUGAUUUUGAAGAGCUCGCUCAUUAGUUAGUGACACCGUUUAUGCAGCCAAUAUUGUGGUGGUAGAAGUGUUAACACCAUAAAUUGUCAGGAAGCACAUCAGUAGGUUCAGUUGUGUAGACUCAGAGCCAUCUAGAUGUUGAAUAAUGUAUAAUUUAUAAAAACAAUAUGUAUAUGUAUACAUAUAUUGAAACUGAGCAAUAUAGAUAGAUUUCCUCCCUGUGUUACACUCGACCUUAAGCAUCUUUGAACUUCACAACAUCUGCUGUAUAUGUACGUAACAGUUUUGAAUGUAAAUGCCAACACAUGGUACCUUUCCUCUGAACUAGCUCACUUACAUUGAUCAUGUAACGUGUAGGAAACAUACAGGGUUCAUUUGUAGCCAGCAGGCCACUUGGGUGCACUUGUGCAUAUGUAAUUAGCCCAUUAAUGGACUUUCUCUGGAAAA